CGCUGUGAAGCGCUCGAGUAGGAAAGGUCAAGCGUACUUGCUUUGUUUUGGCGUUUCCGAUUGAAGCUUGAUUUUCUCAGUCCUCCUUCCGACGCAGGUGAAACCUGCAGGUCGCUUACAGUCGGUGAAAUCUCCGCUGCGAGGCUCCUUUAGUGAAGCAGGGAUGGAACCUGCAACCUAGAAAAGUACUCUGACUGGAAUCAAACCCACAACGUUUUCUGUGGACAGGACAUUGUUACAACCAACUGAGCCACCAGUUCAUGAUCUCUUUUUGCAGCAAUGAGAGUGGGAGCUAGGACCCUGAUUUGGCAGCCAAGGCCAAGGCUUGUUUUAAGAAAAUGGCAGACAAACUGGACAUGGGGAAAAUCGCCAGCUUUGAUAAGGCUGAGCUGAAGAAGACAGAGAUGCAGGAGAAGAACACCUUGCCUACCAAAGAGACCAUUGAACAGGAGAACCAGGGUGAAAUUUCUCAAGAUCCUGGAGGAUUCCUCACCCCUACUAUCAUCUUUGGGACUCCAGUAGUGGAGAAAAAGCUACCUGCAAAAUGGACAUGAGCGACAAACUGCACUGUGAACCCAGAUAUUCUGCGCCCAUGCCAUUAGCCUGUGGGUCAUCUCCAUUCAAACUGCCAAAUUUUCCAGUUUGCCCUGGGAUAUUAUAUAAAAUUAUUUAUAUUAUUAAUAAAAAUAAA